AUGGCUGGGAAUCCCCCAUCUCAGCCAGAGCAAUCAGUGUCAGCACAAAACAAAACUAGUUCCGAAGUAUCCCCAUGUCGAAAGCGACUCCGACACGAUGCCUAUACCAUCGGCUGGGUGUGCGCCCUUCCAAAGGAACAAACCGCAGCCAGGGUCAUGCUAGAUGAAGAGCACGAACCUCUUCCCACCCCUCGUAAUGACCAUAACGCAUAUACCCUUGGUUCAAUAUGCGGCCACAACGUCGUCAUAGCCUGCCUACCAAACAUGGGAACUAACCCUGCCGCGACCGUCGCGAUCUCUAUGAUUAACACGUUUCAAUCAAUUAGGUUCGGGCUCAUGGUAGGGAUCGGCGGCGGAAUCCCGACGAAAGUCAAUUUGGGUGAUGUGGUGGUCAGCCACCCUGUUGCUGACUAUCACGGGGUGGUACAAUGGGAUAUGGGAAAGCUAGAGCAGGGUGGGCAGUUUGUCCACACGGGCUCGCUGAAUAGACCUCCGAACGCGCUUCUCAAUGCGUCGCAUCUACUGAAAAGUAAUCACGACAUACGCGGAUCGAAAAUAUAUGAGUACCUAGAUGAUGUGGAAAGGAAAUUUCCGCGACUAGCGCCAAUAUUUACCAGGCGUGAGUUCUUAGAAGACCCAUUAUUGGUAUCCGAGAAGGUGCGUCGGUCUCAGAAAGAUGUCCACUUCCUGUCUAGGUUGUGGCAGGCGAUCAUCGCGAUUGUCGCAUAUCUUCUUGGUUCAUGGGCUAUUAGUCCGGUAAAUGAGGAAAAUGGGCAGUUAUUAGAUGUAGCAGAGGGGGCAAGGUCCCAAAGAGAAGUAAGGGUGCACUAUGGCCUGAUCGCGUCCGGAAACAAGGUGGUUAAGGAUGCCCAGUCCCGAGACUCUCUUUACAAAGCAUUUGGCGGGCACUUGCUAUGCGUGGAGAUGGAGGCAGCUGGGCUUAUGAAUGACUUCCCAUGUAUUGUUAUUCGAGGCAUCUGUGACUAUGCGGACUCGCGGAAAGAGAAAACCUGGCAAGAAUAUGCUGCAGCCGUGGCCGCCGCAUACGCAAAGGAACUUUUGGGAUGUGUGCACCCUAGUGUUGUUGACGCCGAGUGCUCAGCAAAGGCUAUAUUGGAAACGCUGCAACAGCAGAUAGACGGCGUACAGCAGACGACGGCUGCAACAAGAGCUACUACUGUAUCCAUCAGAUCUAACCUCCAUGCCGAUAAGAUCAAGCACUGGCUUUGUCCCCCGGAUCCGUCUACAAACGCCAACCACGCGAGGACGCUCCGCCAUGAGGGGACAGGCGCGUGGCUCCUGGGAGGUCCCGUCUUCCAGUCGUGGUAUUUGGGGUUGCGUCCACAGUUAUGGCUACACGGGCUCGCGGGAUGCGGAAAGACGGUUCUUAGUGCGACUGUGCUUGAUUAUCUUGCGAACAGAAACGACGGUCUAAUCCUUAGCUUCUUCUUUGACUUUGGUGACACUACAAAGCAGACCUUGGAUGGUAUGCUGCGCUCGCUGGCUUUCCAACUUUAUCAAGGUGGGGUUGACUCUGCAAUUCAUCUUGAUGCGUUAUUUCAAGCACACCAGAAUGGCAAAGACCAACCAACAACGAAGGCGCUUGGGGUUGUUGUUCUGAAGAUGCUGGUAGCCCAGAGGAAGGUCUCUAUCGUUUUGGACGCAUUGGAUGAAUCGACAACAUGGGGUGAUGUCCUCCUGUGGAUCGAGGACGUAAUGUCUAGGCCAGAGGCAGCCCAUGUCCAGCUGCUUUAUACGAGUCGACCAGAGUCCGAGUUUCUGCGCCGUGUUCCGACUUUGAUAGGGAAGGAAAGCUGCCUACCACUUGAUAAGCAGGCUGUCAACUCCGAUGUUCGUUCGUGGGUCUCAGCACAACUUUCUCAACGGCGUGACUUUACAGAGAAGCCCUUGUCCCCGGACCUGCUCAAGAAAAUACAGAGGAGGGUUGGCGAAGGGGCAGACGGGAUGUUCAGGUGGGCAUUCUGUCAAUUGGACAACCUAGCUCGAUGUCGUCACGAGGCAGCUAUGGAGAAGGCUCUCGCAUCUUUGCCUCUGAAUCUCAAUGAGACGUACCAGCGGAUGAUUGAAAGUAUACCGACUGAAAUGAAAAAUGACGCGAUACGCCUCCUACAAUUCCUGGUGCAUUCCAAGCGACCUCUCAAGCUAGUGGAGGCUAAAGAAGUAAUAGCGACGCAGAUCGAAGAAGAGCCGAGAGGAUUUGACAUCAAGCGUCGUUUGUUCUGCGACACAGAACUUUUGGAUUACUGUCCCGGCUUAGCGACAAUCGUUCACGCCACGGAUAAAGAGUUACAUCUGGCCCACUUUUCUGUCAAAGAGUAUCUUCUCAGCCGGAAUGAUUACCAGGUUAUGGCUGCUAGCAUAUCCUUCACGAAGACGUGCUUGACUUAUCUCACGGAGAUCAGUGGUAGCCACGAAGAGAUCCAACAGGAUUUUCCGAUGGCGAGAUAUGCCGCGGAAAGCUGGACAGGUCACGCUGCGUUGGCUCAGGCUUCCGAAGAUAUAGUUCAGGUGACAAUCAGAUUUCUAGAAGAGGAAGCGACGUUUCAGCGAUGGGCUCGUUUGUACCAGGCUGAUAGGAGUUGGGACGUUGACCCAGGUCCUCCGCGAGGAUCCAGGCUUUACUAUGCUUGUUUCCUUGGGCUGGUAGCACCUGCACGAGUUCUUAUUAGCAAGGGAGCGGAUGUCAACGCGCAGGGCGGCAUUUAUGGCAACGCUCUCCAGGCUGCCUCAAACAGAGGCUAUCAAGAGGUUGUUACGCUGCUCUUGGAAAAGGGAGCGGAUAUCAACACGCAGGGCGGCCAAUGCGGCAAUGCUCUCCAGGCCGCCUCAGCGAACGGCCAUCAAGAGAUUGUCACACUGCUCUUAGACAAGGGAGCGGAUAUCAACACGCAGGGCGGCCAAUGCGGCAAUGCUCUCCAGGCCGCCUCAGCGGACGGCCAUCAACAGAUUGUCACACUGCUCUUAGACAAGGGAGCGGAUAUCAACGCGCAGGGCGGCUUUUAUGGCAACGCUCUCCAGGCCGCCUCAGCGUACGGCCAUCAAGAGAUUGUCACACUACUCUUAGACAAGGGAGCGGAUAUCAACGCGCAGGGCGGCUUUUAUGGCAACGCUCUCCAGGCCGCCUCAGCGUACGGCCAUCAAGAGAUUGUCACACUACUCUUAGACAAGGGAGCGGAUAUCAACGCGCAGGGCGGCUUUUAUGGCAACGCUCUCCAGGCCGCCUCAGCGAACGGCCAUCAAGAGAUUGUCACGCUACUCUUGGACAAGGGAGCGGAUGUUAGUGACGGGGCGAAAAAUGCGGUGGCUCUCUCCAAGCCGGCUCGUUAG